AUGCAGACUAAGAACAUCAAUUUUCCCGAGGACGUUCUCUUCAGCAGGCUCCUCAAGCUUGCCAAUGAAUACAAGGAUCAGAUUAUCGUUGAUGACCACAGUCAUGAUACUCAGUUUGGCUAUCGACAUGUCCUUGAUGGCACUUCAAAGCUUCUACAAACGCUACGAAGUCUCCAUGGGUCGUCCCCAGACCAGGAUGAAGAUCUUUACGUAGGGGUUUUGGCUCCGAACGGCUAUGAGUUCAUCAUCUCAGUUCUUGCUGUUCUGGCCUUUGGUGGAGUGGUUGUCCCUAUGCCCACAGGAGCCCUUCCACAGGAGGCAGCCUUUAUGCUUGAACAGUGCAAUGCGAAAUAUCUGCUCGCAAGUCCCGAGCAUGUUGAUCUUGGAACAAGAAUUCAGGCAGAAGUCGAGAUACCAUUAAUUCCGAUUGAGAGUCAAGGUGAGACUGACGCGCUGCUACCGAUAGAAGCAUACAGUCUCGACACAUCGAUCAGGGUAGCUGAGGAUCGCCCCAGUAUUCUGUUCUUUACUUCAGGCACAACGGGCGCCCCGAAAGGUGUUCUUCAUUCACGAAAAACCAUAAACAAAUAUGCUCGAAUGGCAGAGGCAGGGCCAAACGACGACAUUUGUCUCAUACCCAGCGGAGCAUUUUGGUCGGUCUACUUCACAAAGGUCUUUCAGAUGCUACUUACGGGUGUUCGCAUCGAGAUCCAGAAUUUCGGGCGGAACUAUAAUCUCAUAUGGGAGAAGUUCCGAGAGAGGACAGCCACCAAAAUAGUCUUAUCUCCGACCUUCUGGUAUGGCAUGAUGCAUUAUUUCCAGGAAAACAUCUCAAAGCUUCCCGAAGAUGUUGUUCGGGAGUAUAUUGAAGGUGCUAUGCAUCUCCGUGAGGCUACUGCAACAGGGGCCAUGCCUUCUAGAAGAUUGAAGGAGUUCUGGCACGACCUACGCGGAGGAAGGUCUCUCAGAGUGUUGUAUGGAUCAACGGAGUCCCAGGAGACACUGAUUUGCAAUGGAGAAGUGGAGUUUACUGAGAACGAUCUUGGGACUCCUCUGCCAGGUGUCGAAGUUAAGCUUGAAGGAUCUACAGGAGAGCUUCUUGUCAAAACACCAUCAUUGUUCCUCGCUUAUUUGAACCGACAGCGUGAUACCGAUGAGCGCUUUGACUCUGAAGGGUUCUUCAAGACGGGGGAUUUGGUCACCCGCCAUGAGGGAAGGCUGAUCUUCCAAGGAAGAGCAAACAUGGACUUAUUCAAGUUCUACACAUACAAAGUCCCUCGAAUGCAAGUCGAAGCAUGUCUCACAGCACUUCCAUACAUACUUGAGGGAUACAUCCUACCAGUAGCUGAUCCACACUGCGAUACCCGUGUGGCCUCUCUUGUGCGGCUUCAUCAUGACGUUGGAAAAGUUGAUUUGAGCAGGAUCAGAAGCGACCUUUCAGAAGAACUCCCAGCAUACCAACUCCCGACCAUUCUCCGUGUACUGAGACAGGGCGAAGAAGUUCCAAGAACCUGGUCGGACAAGCUCGCAAUGAAGAAAGUGGUACAGAAGUUCUUCCCGCAAGACAGUGAUGAUCGUCUCUACGACGAGUCAACUGAAGUCAUGGAUGUGAGCGAGUUCAUGCGGGCCAAGACUACCAAGUUGUGGGAUUUGUCGGGAAUGCGGCAGUAG